UGAGCGCUGCAUCCAGUGCGCGGCGGUGAUGCUCCCGUAUAAAACAGCCCGCUGUAUUUUGGCACAGAGGGGGAUGCAUCACUUUAACCCACGGCUCUGCCCUCCGGACUCGCCCAUACAGUACUCAGCCUAGAUAAGUUGAGGGGAUGUGCGAUGCUAUUGCGAGGAAUCCUGCCACGCGAUAUUCUUGAAGACCUCUCUCUCUCUCUUCGUUUUAUUUAUUUAUUUUUUAUUAUUUCCUUCAACUUCGAUGGCUUGAGUGGCCCAUUUGCACUCAUGCUUGCAGCCGAGGAGGGAUGUAAGGUACGGGCCAUCUACCGCCCUCACAUUGCGCGGAGUAGCGGCGUGAUUCGGGUCGCUGUUUGAGUGCCACUGAGAGAAGAAGACAAACAUAAUAAGAAAACUACUUUCCCGACAUGUGAAUUGUCGAGAUUUGCUCUUCACUUCCACUGGCUCGCCUGUCCUAUGCUACCGACAACGGGAUUUCAAGAGGAAAAUGAUUGUGGCAUAAACUAUUUCUGGAGACGCCUGUCACAGAUAUCGCCGCUGAGCUGGACAGGGUGGAUGGUUAUUUCCCAAACAGUUCAAGCCUAUGUAUACUGCAUUCAUUUGUUGGAAACGCUGCCUAUUAUCUCCGAGAACAGCGCAAGAGGAAUGCUGGUCCAAGAUCUAAUGCCAUUUACUUUAAGUUUUUGGCCUUUUUUCUUCGGUCAUUGUCUUCUCUCACUGUUUUUACUUUCAUGCCAGGGAGAGCUCCAGAAGACAUGUUCGCAGACUGUGGCAGAGAAAGUUGGCGAACAGUGCCAGUUGGCAUGCCACUGUAGGAGAUACCCUCCUCUCCCUCCGCCACCGCCUCCACCGCCUCCCCCACGGUUAUUGGGAACUACAGUGGCGGAGCCUAUGGUGCCGUUGUUGAGGCCAUGGUGGGUGGAGAUGGACAUUGUAGUCCUCGGGACAGUGGGCUGUGCAUCACUUGUCUUCCUCCUCUCAGCCAUCAUCAUCUGCUAUAAGGCUAUCAAAAGGAAACCACUGCGCAAAGAGGAAAAUGGAACAAGUCGAGGGGAAUAUGCCAUGAGCAUCCGUAACAAGAAGGCCAUGGGCAGGAACAACACUGUGGUAUAGAAGGUCUCCUGUUGUUAACAGAAGUGACUCAUCAUUAUAUUUCACCUUAUCCUGAAUACAACAAACUCCUCUCACCUGGAAUGCAACAGGGUUUCACCUGAGGUUUUCAAAAAGGUAAACCUUUCCUCUUUGCUUGGCAUGUUGCCCGGACUGAAGACACCAUUCAGCUUAAGAAGAGCUGAAAAGAUGGAAGGAAAAAAUAUGAAAGGACUGAGAAAAAGAUCCAGAAAUCCCCAUGGUGUCAAAAGUGGCACAGCAGGCUGAACAUUAUGCUCUUAGUUACAGCAAGUGUUGCUGACAGGCUGGUUGGCUGCUGGCUGGUGAGGGACUGUCUGCCAGUCCGCUGCAGAUCCAGACCUCAUGCACUGUUGACAUCUGCAAAGGCAAGAGAGACAAUACAGCAUCCCUGCAGUCCCGUGGGCAGCCAGACAGGACAGCCCAUCAAAUGCAACAAAUAACAUGCAUGCCGUUUUUACAGAGAAUGCAACAUUUUUUUAUAAUCCAGUCCUCACUGUUAUUUUCUUCUUUUUUUCAUUCUCCAUUUUGAGACAGAUACUUUGUGAGACUUUCAGUCCUGGCUCCGAGACGUGGAUUCAUCUGACUAUGCAAUUUCAAGAAAUCCAUGUUUCACGAAAGCAGGAGCAGAGACAUCAACAUUAGACAUCUUAGUUAUUUUACCAUGUAAAAAAAAAAAAACUUAAAAAAAAAACAACACAGAAGACCUAGGCUCUGUGUAGUAUACUUAAGCAAUUUGUGUAUUUAUUUGGUCUAUUAUUUAUCUUUGCAUUUAUUUUUCUACUUAAAUACCUGUCCUGUGUUUUACUCACAUCUUUUCAAAUCUUUAACAUCUUGAUGAAUUCACCUUAUUUCUUGAUAGAUCUGUUUUCUAAGUAAUUUAUAAACUAUGUAAUUAAUUUGUGAUGCUCUGAGGCUCUCAGCCUGCUGUCAGUCUGUUGAGAUGCUGAUGCAGAAAACAGCUUGCUCUGCAGAGAGUUUUGCUAUCAUUUGUUCUGUCAUCUGGGUGUUUGAUAUUCUUCUCUCUGUAUCCUUGAGACUUCAGCUAAAAUGUCAGAGGUCUCUAUAACGUGCUAUGUGAAUGUGUGUUUUUGAAACUAUAUUUUUCUGCUGCAUCAUUUACUUUAUAUCAUUUAAUUCAAUGCAAGCACACCUACUAUCAACACUCAUCUGGUUAAAUCUUGUGUCCCCAGUCUUGGGGUCAGCUAGAUGCCUUUAGCCAUGUUUUGUCCAGAUUUGACAAUCUUCAUUUUUUUUUAUCUGUCAAGGAGGGCUUAACCCAUCACUAUACAUGUGGGACAUGAGGCCAGGACUGACCUUGUGACUUGUGAGAGACAGAAGACGUAGCUGGUAGCCAGGGAUCAGGUUGCACAAAUGACGGCCUCAGCAGGGACGGCUGUGACUCAGUGCUGUCACAAGGCAACCUCCACAUCCCCACUGGUGAAAAAAGAAAAGAGCUGCAGUGGAGCAUUACUCAAUGUCACUCUGAUUUUUCUUUUCUUUUCUUUUUUCUUUUCCUUUAAAUCUGCGUGUGCCUGGGCGCGCAUGCAUGCGUUGUUCGUAUGGGUGUGCAUCUGUCCGUCCGUCUGUCUGUCUGUGAGUGUGCAUGCAGAUGAGUGUACUCAGUGAGAGUGGGCUGUGCUCUGUGGCUGUCGGUUAAGUAUAGAUAUUGACUAAACGUUGAAAAUUUGGAGGAAAAAAAAAAAACAACAAAAAAAACCCACAUGCUUGCAUUUAAACAUGCACAGGCAUUAACUUAACAGUAUACCCCACCAUGUACCUAUAUGAGAGAAAUGAUGGAUGCAUGAAUGUAAAUACUGAUAUUUAAAUAUCUGCCUUCUGGACUGUUAAUUCAUGUACAGUGUAACAGAUCAUACAUUUAUACAUAGUAAAAUUUAAACAAUGUGCAACCAUUUAGAUCUAUGUCACUGUUGUCAUGUUGAUGGAGCAAGCCAUUAAUGUAUAUAUGGCAAUCAAUAGUACAUACACAAUUUAUGCAUUAAACCAAAUGGAUAAAAAAGAUGUGCAUAAGUUAAUUUCACUGCUGGGUUUUUCAGUUGUAAAUAAAACUGUACAGAAGAACAGACCUACAGUGUAUUGUGUUUAAAGAGAUACAUGCAGAUAUGUGAAUGUAACAUGAAG